GGAAACCUCUCAGCUCAGACAGAGCGCCGAGAGCCCACGCGAACCACUGUUAGAGCAGAGGUAGACAGGCAAACACACAGAACUCACGUUCUGCAAAACAAUAAAAGUACAAAGUCAAUUCAAAACAACAUCCAUCCAAGAGGGUCAAAACCUGACUGGAUAAGUCACUUAUUAAUUAGAUUAAAAAUCAAGAUUGAUCUGUUGAAUCAUUUCAAUGGAUGUUAGGGAAUCAGUAUUAAGGACACUUUUGAUUUUUUCUGAAAAGACAAGUGGAUCUUAACUCGUCUCUGAGAGAAAAAGGACGACAACAAGGACAACUGGAGAACAAGAGUCACAGAGCAAGACGGCAAACAGAACCUUCCUCGACAUCGGCAGAAGCGUGCAGCGCUCCCUGAGCAGGGCAAAGUGAUUACCUCCACCUGCGAGGCAUCGCUCUGCCACUGUGCGACCAGCCUCCCGGCAUUCAUCAGCAGCCCCCAGCGCAGCUCCAGCACCAGCAGAGGAUGGCUGCAGCCAAGACCGAGAUGAUCCUCCCAACCCUGCAGAUCUCAGAGUCUCUGAGCUUCCCUCACUCCCCCAUGGAUAACUAUCCCAAGCUGGAGGAGGUGAUGAUGCUCAGCUCUGCAGGGACCCCCUUCCUUACUGCCUCCGCACCUGAAGGUGCAGGCUUUGGCUCCGGGGAGCCUGGAGAACAGUACGACCACCUUGCCGGAGAUACGUUACCUGAUAUCCCCUUUAACUGUGAGAAGUCGAUGGGAGAUCAGACCUACCCCACCCAGAGGCUGCCCCCCAUCUCUUACACAGGCCGCUUCACCCUGGAGCCCGCCACCGCCUGCAGCAACAGCCUCUGGGCGGAGCCCAUCCUGGGCCUGUUCACUGGUCUGAUGGGCAAUAUUGCCCCCAGCUCUUCCUCCGCCGCCUCACAGACCACCUCGUCCUCCUCUGCAUCGAUCCCGUCCUCCACUUCUUCCUCUUCUACCUCCUCAUCUCAGAGCCUCAGUUCCUCCAUUCACCACAAUGAGCCCAACCCCAUCUACUCCGCUGCCCCAACCUAUUCCAGCCCCAACUCCGACAUCUUCCCGGACCAAGGCCAGGCUUUCCCCAGCUCGGGCGGAGGUGUGCAGUACCCUCCUCCUGCCUAUCCCAAUGGCAAGACCUGCAACACUAGCUUCCCUGUGCCCAUGAUUCCCGACUACCUCUUUCCUCAGCAGCAGGGAGAGAUCAGCCUGGUGCCCCCGGAUCAAAAGCCCUUCCAGAGUCAGUCCAACCAGCCGUCCCUCACUCCUCUGUCCACCAUCAAGGCCUUCGCCACCCAGACUGGUUCCCAGGACUUAAAGAGUGUCUACCAGUCCCAGCUGAUUAAGCCCAGCCGCAUGCGCAAGUACCCCACCCGGCCGAGCAAGACACCACCUCACGAGAGGCCCUACGCUUGCCCCGUGGAGACGUGCGAUCGCCGAUUCUCCCGCUCCGAUGAGCUGACUCGCCACAUCCGUAUCCACACUGGCCAGAAGCCCUUCCAGUGCCGCAUCUGUAUGCGCAACUUCAGCCGCAGCGACCACCUGACGACACACAUCCGCACUCACACCGGUGAGAAGCCCUUCGCCUGCGAGAUCUGCGGACGCAAGUUUGCCCGCAGUGACGAGAGGAAGAGGCACACAAAGAUCCACCUACGGCAGAAGGACAAGAAAGCGGAAAAGACGGGAGCAGUGGUGGUGACGGCAGCGGCGGCGACAUCAGCCUCCUCACCUGCCUCCAGCUACCCUUCACCCAUCACCUCCUACCCCUCUCCAGUGUCCUCCUAUCCCUCUCCAGUCACCUCCUGCUACUCCUCUCCGGUCCACACUUCCUAUCCGUCUCCUUCCAUCGCCACCACCUACCCAUCAGUGUCCAUGUCCAGCACCUUUCAGUCCCAGAUCGCCUCUUCCUUUCCCUCCUCAGUCGCCUCCCACAUCUACAGCUCCCCCAUCCCCACCCCGCUAUCAGACAUGCAGACCACUCUCUCCCCAAGGACAAUCGAGAUCUGCUAAUAAAAAGAAGACAAAAACUUUUUACAGUCUCCCCGCACCUCUCCUUCCGCAAGGUUCUUUGAGGAGAAAGAAAUCAGCAUCAAAAGACUUUGUUUUCUCCUCCAAAAAAGCACUUUGUUUGUCAGCUCCCUGUGCAGGUAAAUCCUGAGAUUUACCAGAAAGAAAAAGACACACGUCAAGGACUGGGCAAAGACAGCAGAAGAUGAAAAGGGAUUUCUUCCUGUCCCUGUAAAACAAAUGCAGCUCUUCAAAUGUUUAAGGGACUCAGCAGAUAAGGGUGCGGAAACGGGCACGGACGGGUCUCUUCUAGUAGAUACACAGAAACCAAGAGACGGACUAAGAUUGCCAGCAGUUGUGGUGCUAAGGCACGGUCGCCCUGGAAGGCGGAACUCCGUACAGUAGGCUACAAAAGACAUUGAAUGAUAUACAUAAGCUACCAUAUAUGUAUAUUGUACAUGUGCCAUGUUUUGUUUUUAUCAUUCUUUGGUACCAUUGAUGUGAAACAUGAUUUGCAUAUUUGCAUUGUAUUAUUUGAAGUGAGCAGGGCCAUAUUUUCUACAUACUUUCUCUAUUAUGUAGUGAUGAUGCUGUGAUACGUUUUGACAUUGUUUGAAAAAAAAGCACUUAAGUAUUCAAGCAUGAGUUAGAGUGAUGUUAAUUUCGGUUUGUAAAUAUCAUCCGGUGGUACUGUCUCUUUCUCUCUUUCUCACAUGUGACAUAUCGCUCGGUUAUAUGGAUAAAUAGAGAAAAGAAAAAAUACAUUUAAAAAGAAGAAAAAAAAAAAACUAAACAAGAAAAACGCUCCCGUUAUUUGGUGCCUUUUUGUGAAGCCGUGCUGAUGUUCUGACUCGGCUGUGUGCGAGAGGAUGCGCUGCAUCUCGCCUUAAGGGUUGAGGGAGUAUUUUUGUUACAGAAUGUAAGUCAUAAUCAGAGCGAGCAAAAGGGACGAGCUACGAGGGCACCGCUUCAUUUCAUUAGAAUGUAAGCAAAAAAGGAGGAAAACUAUAAAGUAUAUUUUUGUAAAAGUGUAAAUAUCCACAUCUUCAAGAGCUGGAAUGUUGAAGUUACCUACUGAGUAGGCAUGGGAUUCUUUUGUAUGUUAUAAACAUGCAGUUCAUUAUUUUGUGGUUAUCUUAAUUUUGUAUUUGUGUUUGUUAAAACAAGUGACUGUUUCUGGCUUCUGAACACAUUGAAUGCGCUUAACUGCCAACGGGAUAUUUGGUGUAAAAGAUAUCCUCCCAGAAAUGAAAUCUAAAUAAAAUUAUGAAUAUAUAUAUGUA